AUGAAGAACACUAGUUCUGAUACUUUUAGCUGUGGCAUUGAAAAGUUGACUAGUGGUGUAGGAGGCUACUCUAAUUAUUCAAAUAUAGUCGUUGUGAACGAGUUAGGAAACAGAUUGAAAAAUCUAAGAGAUGAUUGCAGCCUAAUGGAUUCAGAUGGAGGACUCACUAAAGGCAGCAAUCAGUGUUUGAGGACAUGGGGAUCAUUAGCUUCACAAUCGAAAAAUAAUUUGAUGAAAGUUGAGGCUGACAUUUGUAGAUUUAGUAUGUUGAUUUUGUUAACAAGCCAAAGAAUUUCUGAUGAGAGUUGGAUUAAUGAAAUCUUUCAUUGCCUAGGAGACAACUCUCUCCCUUUAGUAUCUUCUAGAGAUGAGACUGGAAGUGAAACUAGACAUAGAACAAAGUUUAAAAGAGAUCUUGGGAUUCUAAUUGGUGGUAUAGUGGGGCUUGUAGUAAUAAUAAUCAUUGGCGUCUGGAUCUUAUUGAAAAGGAAGAAUGAAGUUAAACCGUCAAGUGGAAGAUAUAUAUCAGAUGGAUCUUACUCUGAAGAAUCAAGCUAUCGUAAAUUAUCACUUAAAGAAAUUUACUUCGCGACUGACAAUCUCAGCAUGUCUAACUUCAUAGGUCAAGGCAUAGCUGGUAAGAACAAAAUCGAAUUAUGUACAAGUUGGCCUAGUCUCCUAUGA